AUGCCUAAGCCCGGAGGAACCAGAUGUGCGACUGACUUUGCAGAAGUCCCUUCUAUUCUCAUGGAGUACUUUGCCACUGACUAUCGAGUCAUCAGCCAGUUUGCACGCCAUUAUGAAACUGGACAGCCUUUGCCUGAGAGCAUGGUGGCUCGCCUGUGCGAGUCAAAGAAGGUGUGUGGGGCUGCGGACACCCAGCUGCAGAUUUUCUACGCAGUGUUGGACCAGAUCUACCACGGAAAACCUCAGGACCGCUCCACCACAGAAAUCCUGAAGGACAUGCAGCAGAAAUUCUACGGCUUGCCUUAUACACCAAAUACCCCCUGGGUUGGCUAUCUGGAGUCCUACCGCUAG